AUGGCUACUCCCACGGACCCCCUCAACUUCAUUCCCGCAGACAUAUUCUUUCCCACCGUCCCAAACUUCACCAAACCCUCUGAGGUUCUCACCGUUGAAUCAUCUACCUCAACAUCCCCCAGCGAUCCUCUCCGCUAUGCUGCACACAUCACUCUAAAGGGUGAGCCCAACACUCACUGUCUAGUCCAGUUUGCAUCGCCGCAGAUCUGGAGAGUCAGAUACAAUCCAAAGUACACUGCUGUAUCGGAUUAUGAUGAUUUCAACUCGCGUACUAUCGUUGAAGAUAAAUUUUCGAGCUUAGUAGAUGAUCUACAGCAAGAGUAUAGAGACUCUGAGGCCUGGAACUCGUAUCCUGCUAAGGAGGGAUGGUUUUGGAAGACGUCUUUUGAGCAGAAGGCCCCAGAUCACUGGGUCCUCACAACCGUCGAGUACGAGACCAGUGAAUCCACUGGUGUUCCAAACACAGCUCUUCACUUCUUCGCAUCCCCAUUCCGCAUCGUCGCGACGAGAAAACUCAAGCCUCUCGAUGCAGACCCAGCGUUCUUGAAGACCGUUGGUAUCGACACUGUGUCUGAGUACGAGGAGAUCAUCUGGCAGACUACAGAGGAGACUUUCUCUUAUCAAGGUAAUCCUAGCAUCGAUGCUGUGAACAAUGUCGUUCUCAACAUCAAGAAGCCUGGUCCAGCAGCGUAUCUUGGCUUUGGAGAGCAGGGUGGACGGACUGUUAUCAAGAAGCCUACUUAUCUCAACUUCUUCUGUUAUGACAACUUCAACUACUCUAAAGUCUAUGGCCUUGGAGCCCUGGAUACUCGAGAGCCGCUGUACCACUCUACACCUUUCUUUCUGGAGAUGAAUGGCACUCCGGAUCGAAAGAAUGUCACUGGUGUCAUGGUGGAUAACUAUUCCCAAGUUGCUAUCGACCUUGGAAAGAAUGAUUCGCAUACUAUCAGUAUUGCUACACGGUUCAACACCUUCGAUGCAUGGAUUCUAACGGCCGACGAUGUGCCAAGGAUGAUUUGGCAAUACACCUCCAUUGUCGGACGACCUAAGCUCAAGCCUCGUUUCAUCCUUGGACAUCAUCAAGCAUGCUACGGUUACUCCAACGAAGGCACAGUGAACAACGUAGUACAGCGAUACAGAGACUCCGAUAUCCCAUUGGACGGGAUGCAUCUCGACGAUAAAUACCGUACCUUCACCAGCAGCAACUAUGGCUUCCCCAACCUGGGAUCUUUCCUGAAUGGUCUGAAGGCAAAGGGCGUAAAGAGCUGCACCAACAUCACCCCCAUUCUCACCAUUCGUCCCUCGGAUCAAGGUCCCUACACAGCACUCGAUAGCUUCUGGGAUGUGAAUGAUAAGAAGAACCCAGAGACCAAUCUUCUGGUCGCUGAUAAGCGAUACCUGGAUGGUCUGCCCAACAACCAACCUCUUUGCUGGCGCUACGACGGCGGUCUGCAGAACCUGGACCCAAACAACGUUAACCAACGUGAAAGGUUUGCAGACUAUAUCGGCGCUCCUGAAUAUAGGGAUGACUACAACUUUUCCGAGAAUUAUAACAGUGGAUAUCCAUUUCACGGCGGUGUCAGCUAUGGCACCAACCUCGGCACUCCCGGAUUCUAUCCUGAUCUGAACAGGAAAGCUGCGAGGAAGAAGUGGGGUGAGCAGUAUCAGUAUCUCUUCGACAACGGUCUCGAAUUCGUCUGGCAAGACAUGACAACUCCGGCCGCCGCAAAAUGCUACGGCGAUUCUCUCGGUUUCCCUUCCCGUCUGCUCAUGACAGACGACAGCUACACCAAUCCCCCCAAGACCAAAACCGCCAUCGAGCUCUGGAGCUUAUACUCGUACAAUCUCCACAAAGCAACAUACCACGGCCUCAACAAUCUCAAAGGCCGCGAGAACAAGCGCAACUUCAUCAUCGGCCGCGGAAGCCAGACCGGCAUGCACCGCUACGCUGGGCUGUGGACCGGCGACAACGGUAGCUCGUGGGACUUUUUCAGAAUCUCUGUUGCGCAGGUUCUUGCGCUGGGGUACAGCGGUUUGAGUAUUGCGGGUGUUGAUAUGGGUGGUUUUACGGCGGAUCCGGCUAACACGCUGCCGAAUCCGAGGUGGUGCGAUCCUGAGUUGUUGAUUAGGUGGUAUGUGGGGGCGUUCUUGCUGCCGUGGUAUAGGAAUCACUACUUACAGCAUCCUGAGGCGAGUUCCGGGGGCUGUAAAGCUUUUCAGGAACCCUGGGCUUACGAUGACAUCCUGCAUAACUUCCCUGGUCCUCUUCCACCUGACCAGGCUGCGUUGUAUCGUUCCGUUGUGCCUGUUUGUAGGUACUAUGUGCAGCUUAGAUACUCCCUCCUUCAGGUUCUGUACGACUACAUGUUUGCCAACCUGAUCAACGGUCUGCCAGUUGCACGUGCAAUGCUCGUUACCGACCCCUUUGACACCAGCCUCUUCAACUCAAACCAAGGAUUUAUCGACAAUCAGUACCUUCUGGGCCAUAAUAUCCUGGUCUGUCCUCAGGUUGAGGAAAAGGCAGGACGUCGCGAUGUCUAUCUUCCAAACUCCGACAAGUGGUAUCCAUCCAAUCUCCGUGUUAACAACCAAGGAUUUGGACCGGAUCCAAUUCUCAAACAUGCUGCUGUGUUGCAGAAACCAGCCCCAGGUGGCAAGAUCGUGGACUAUGAUUGCCAUAUUCCUGAUGCCGUUGCGCAUCCGGAGCAGGUCGCUUACGUGACUCCUGUGUACAUACGAGGGGGUGCUAUCAUUCCUCAGCUUGAUGUUCGUCAGUGGGUCAAGGAGGGCGAUCUGAACCCGCCUACCAUUCAUGUAUACCCAGGUGGAAAGCCUAAAGAGACUACUUCAUACUCGAUGUAUCUUGACGAUGGUGUCAGCCGCGACAGUGCACCCAUCGACCUGCCCCAGCACAAGUAUAAAGAUGCAUCACUGUACGCCAAAGCAAAGGGCUUUUACCGCGAAGCCAAAAUCACCCAGGAAAACACUGGGACAAACCGCAAAAUCACCAUUCGGCACCAAUGGGAUGGCUACGACCCCAAAGCAACCGUCGGCGAUGCUUACAACUUUGCCAUCUGGACAGUUCAAGCUACUGCGCCACCUGAGUCACAGAUCAGUGUCGACUUUGAGGAUGAAAACGGGAUGACUGUCAUUGACUCUGGACUGACAUCAACUUAUAUCGCAGGUCGUGGUGUUUUAACCGUUAGUGUACCGGUACAUCUUGUGCCGUCGCUCAAGACACCUCAGAAUUAUACCCAGGGAUCUUUUGCGGAUCGGUAUCUGUCAGUUAAUGUCACUGGGCUGCCUUGA